AUGUCUCCAUAUCAGAUCAUCUAUGGUAAGUCCUGUCACAUUCCGGUAGAGCUAGAUCAUCGAUCAUACGGGGCGGUUAAGAACUGCAACACCCAUUUGGAGGAAGCUGGACUGAGCCAACUCCUUCAAAUUCAAGAACUUAAAGAAAUAUGGUUGGAUGCCUACAACAACUCAGACAUCUACAAGCAGAAAACCAAGCUUGUUCACGAUACCAACGUCUUGAGAAAGCAGUUUAAGGAGGGUGAUAAAGUGUUGAGUCAGAUACCUUUCACUAAGAACCCCAAGUCCUUAAGCUCGAAAAGGCUUCACCCUCGUGACAAGACCAGACUUUCAAGGAAAGAAGCCAUAGAAUUGUUUGCCAACAGAGGGGUGGUUCAAGAGCAGUAUUUUCUAGAAACCAAGCAGUACAAAUUUUAUAAGCUUGCUAAGAAGAGAGGCCUUGAGGAACUUAUGAAGAAGGGAAACAAGGCCAACUUGACUGUGAUGAGAGAGUUCUAUGCUUGA